AUGGAGGUAGGCGAUGUUGUGAUCACCGAGGGCGUGGGGCCGCUGCGUCAUAUUACGCGCACGGCGUCGACCGAGACGGUGGUGCCGCCGCUGAAUUUUGACAUGGUGGCACCAGGUGUGUACCGCAGUGGGCAUCCGAACGAGCGCAACUUUAGCUUUCUCAAGCGCCUCAACCUUAAAAGCAUCAUAUACCUCGCCAACGACGAUUACCGCGAGAAUGUCGUGCAGUGGGCGCAUCGCGAGGGUAUACGCAUAUUUCAUCAUCGCGUCACAAUGAAUAAAGAGCCGUUUACUGAGAUGGACGAGGACGAGGUGGCGAGUGCACUCACUCACAUCCUCGACGAGCGCCAUUUACCCGUGCUCAUCCACUGCAACAAGGGCAAGUAUCGCGUGGGGUGCGUCGUGGGCUGCAUCCGCCGCCUGCAAAGAUGGAGUCAUAUUAGUCUCCUUGAGGAGUACGCCCGCUUCGCCGGUGAAAAAAUGUCGGACGAAGAGUUUAUCGAGCGCUUUGACUUGUCUCGCGUAAAACUCGAUCCCGUGCACUGUCCAUCAUGGCUAUAA